UGCCUCUUCUUCAGAUCAGAAACCAAUCAACGAUCAACGACCCCUUGACUACUGAAUAUAGUGUCAGGCUGCGGUAUCAAGUGAAGGAACAACAGCAAAGAUGGCGGAGAACUAUCAGAAAAAGGAGCUACUCGGCCUGAUGGCCCAACCCGAAAACAAGUCUUGCGUGGACUGCGGAACCCCUAGUCCACAAUGGGCUUCUGUCAGCUAUGGAACAUAUGUCUGUUUGGAAUGUUCCGGAGCUCAUCGAGGUCUUGGGGUACACCUGUCCUUCAUCCGAUCGCUGACUAUGGACAAGUGGUCGGAAGAUCAGAUGAACAAGAUGCGUCACGGCGGUAACGCCCCCUUUCGCGAGUUUAUGGAGAAUUACGGACCGGAGGGUGGGUAUGUGAAGAAACAGAGUAUAGCGGAAAAGUACAAGACGUGGGCUGCAGCUCAGUAUCGGGAAAAGUUGAACACCGAAGUCGCCGGUGGGGAAUUCAAGAAAUCCUCUCCUCCUGCCAAUUUCAACAAGAAGCCUAAUCCCGUAAACAACAACAACAACACCAACAAUAGCGGUCGAAAUAGCCCGCUGAUGAGUCAGAACAACAUGAACGGCCUUGGAGGUAGCAGGACGGCGAGCCCGUUUUCUGGGGCUGCCAAUGGGGAGUUGGGAGCUGGACAGACGCAGAAGAGCAGGAACGAGUCGUUCUUCGAAGGUCUUGGUGCUGCUAAUGCGGGCAGGAGGGACGAUAUCGCUCCUAGUCAGGGCGGGAAAUACGUCGGAUUCGGCUCGGCACCCAUCGAGCCUUCCCGUGGCAACACCUCCCACCCCUCGUUCGCCAUGUCCUCGCACAACGUGCCCUCGCUGCAAGACCUGCAGGCAGACCCCUUGUCGGCGCUGACGAAAGGAUGGGGUCUCUUCUCUUCUGCCGUGGCCGCAGCGGGGUCGACGAUCAACGAGUCGGUCAUUCAGCCGGGUAUGAAACAAGCCGGACAGACCGUCGGCGAAUUCAACGAACGCGGUCUAGGGGGUUUGGGAGAACAGUACGGCGCCCAGGGCAAAGAUUUGACGGGCAAGUUUGCGGAACAAGCAAAAGUUACGACGGGGUGGCUGAGCAGCGUAGCCGGGGAAGGGUGGGCGAGGGCCAACCAGCUGGCGAAAGAACGAGCUGGAGUGGACUUGGAUUUCACGGACCGGUUGGGACAUCUGAGAUCGGACGGGCCUAGCAAGUAUCAAGGGUACGGACAGGUCGGGUCAGGUGGACAGCAAGGGAAUCAUCAUGACGAUAACGAUGGUUGGGGCGAUUGGGAUGACGGCAAGGCGGCGGCGCUCGGAGGAUUCAGGGACGACGUUUCUGAACCUAGACGGUCGGUCGAGCAGCCUAGGGGCGGGAAAGCUAACAGCGACAACAACAAGCCGAAGGACGAUGAGAAUUGGGACGAGGACUGGAAGGCUUUCUGAGUGUCUGCACAUCUUGUUUCGGGAUGCUAGGUUGGGCAGGUGGUUGUAAACAUGUGUUUGUGUUUUCUCUUCGCUCCGGUUCGCCGUUAUACUUUUAAUGCUCUCAUCUGCUCGUAAUGACGGCGUGGAAGGAUCUCCGGCUAUCUCCCAUGUUACGCAAAAUCUGGCACUCUCGUCGUAUACGCUUGAUAUGUUCCGUACAUGAUCGUACAACACCACUCAGAACUCGAACGUCCGGUUCAAGUCUGAUUCCAGCAGCUUGCGCAUCCCCUCGGGCAAGAUGGGUUCUCCCUUCUCAUCCGCCACGUAUC